AUGUUGAAAGUUCCUACUACUACAGAUGACUUUUUGAUUAACCAGAUUAUGGAUGAAGCUGAGUUUUUCUCAAAGAGCCAGAUGCUGUACUUUGAACGAAACCAAAUCUUUCAAUCAUACGUUAUUACAACUCAUCCACCAGCAACAAAUACAGACCCUCCAGGAACAUAUGCUAAAUUGCAUCCUUCAUAUGAUCCCUCUAAUCUUUCUCCACAAAAUAUCUUCAGAGCAGGUCAAUAUGCUGAUCCACAUGAAAUUAAUUACAGAUUAUUCCAACAAAACCCAUCACAAACAUUCUUUGUUCAGAUUACCAGCCAACAGCAAGUACUUUGGCUUAUCUCAUUGCCUACAACAUAUAUGUUAUUCAAUCAAAAUUCAUUAACUACCCAAUUAUUCAAGAAAGUCAAAGAAGUGUCGAUUAAAGGCAAUAACAUUUCAUUUUUAAAGAACGACAAAGAGAUCAAAUACCCAAUUAAAGUAAAUGAAAAUGGAAAUUUGGAAUUUACAGUAGGUUAUGUACAAGAUGUUUUGACGAAAGCUCAGCAAUUUGGUUCAUUUAAUCUUUUCUUCCGAUCUUUCUUUGGUAUUGGCGGAUAUCCAGCAGUAAAACCACAAAUCGAAUCCUAUUUCAGAGCUUUAGUCGAGAAUGUUCAAUUCCUACUUAUUUUCUCAUUACUACGUAAAUCAGUACCUCAGCCUGUCGUUAAUGCAUGGCUAGAAGCCGCUGGCCAUAACAUUAUUUCAUUAGUUCCAUUAUCUCUUUAUUACUACUUCAAUUCCUUUACCGAUCCCAAUCUAGUCUUCAGGCAAGACUCAUUCCUUACCAAUCUUCUUACCAAAGUCAUAGAAAAAGACCAAGGAAUGAAAGAUUUCCUUUCAAGUAUUGAUAUUCAAGCCGAAGACCUUGGCGAAGAGUUCUUUACCAAAUUCGAGCAAACGGAGCUCAAUCCUCUCUCCCAUUUCCUUCUUUACCACGCAUUUACAGAAGCAAGAAGAGCAUUUCCAACUCAAGGAGCCGAAUACUACGCAGUUUCAGGUAUUUUGUUCCUUAGAAUCAUGACUCCUUAUUUGUCCUACAAGAAUCCUGGUUCUUCAAAGAGAAUCGCAACUUUGACGUCUUUGUACAACAUGACUGAGUCAAAAGUUGGAAUAGAAAAAGUGAAGAGAAUGAAAGACAUGAUUUCGAGAUUUGAAGUGUUCCCUGACGAAUUCGGUAUCGAGAAAUCACCGCCAACAAGCCUCAAGUCAAUAAAUGUCCUCAUGCAGUUCAUCAACGAAAAUGCACAGGCUUUCUACGACUUGUCAAAGACAAUUGACGUCAAAUCAAUUGCUGACAAGUACUACACAGUUAUGACUGGAAAAGCUCCAAUUGACGACGGACCGGUCAGAGAUCAGCCUCCUGAUUUCGAUGAACCAUCAAAUGAAUACUCAGGAAUGGAAAGUGAAUUGUCAAAUUUAAGCCAAGAUGAUUAA